UUCUUAUAAAGCUUUUCUCAUUAUUGUUUAUAUAUGUCGUCCUGAACUUAUGUACCGAGUAUUUUGUUGAUACUUUGAGAGCUCACAAUUUGAAGUUAAACUAGUGUUUGAAACAUUGGUUAUGCUGACAUUUUGACAGUUACUUUAACACAGUUUAAAAUUAAAAACAUAGUUAAAGUGGAUUAGUGUAUAAUUUAGAAAUAUCAUGAACACUGUAAUGGGGAAGAUUUUUGUAUGAUGAUCUUGGCAGAGUAAUAGCCAAGUCUGGGCAGCUACCCCCGAGAAACUAAAAAAAAUAAAUUAUAAAAGGAACUAAUCUGAAGAUGGGUAUAGCUCCUUAACUCAUGGCCACUCUCUGCUAACCUCUGCAUGUUUUCUUUUUAAAUUUACAAGUUUAAAAUCCAUUUGGCGCCUUGGUGAUUGUGGUUGUAUAUCCCUCUGCAAUGAUUCAUGCAUAAUUUAUGUUUGUAUUUGCAAUGUCUUAAAAUAAUCAUAUAGAUUAUGAUUUUUACUUUUAAGUUGCUCUAGUGAAACAGUAAUAGAAAGCUUUGUUACCUUCAGAAUUAUUCCAAUGAAGUCUUAAAGAUUUUUAUUUUCUGUUAAAUCUUUGCAUUGAGCAUAUUGGAAGAUUUCCGUAUUGGUACCUGGACCAAUAAAGUUGCCCAAUUUAAGUUUUAAUCCUGUAAUUGCACAUGAGAAAUAAAAUAAAAGAAAAACACCACUGAAGAUGACAUGAUGGGUAUAAUUGGAAAAACGUUUUUGAUGUAGAUGUUUUUUUCUAAAUACAUUUGGGAAAUGUUGAAUGAAUUGUGCAAAAAGUUAGAAGCAAACGGAGGGCCUGAGACAAAAAUGCCUUGUAUGUUAGCAUAAAGAAAACAAGUGCAUGGUUUAAAAGUACAUGAUGCCUAAAGUUCUAAAUGUGGAGCAGCUGGAAAAUAAGUUUUCCUGUUUAACUAGAGCAAGAGAAAGUAUUACUGGUCUUUCAACAUGGAUUAUGCGACAUAGUGAAUUCUGCGAUGGCAUUGUUGAGGAAUGGUUGGCAUGUUUAUCUAAAAAUUUUAAUGCUAUGACCAUGUUCUAUUUGGCAAAUGAUGUUAUUAUGCAAUGUGGAAAAAAAAGAGUUCCCCAGUACAGAGUUGCUUUUGCCAAAGCACUAGAAAACGCUGUGGGCCUGCCAAAUGUUAAAGAAAUAAGUUAUGAAGUGUGUCGCAUAAUCAACAUCUGGAGAAAUAGAGAUUUAUUUGAGGAAGGUUUUUGCCAAAGGUUGAUAGAUAAAUUGCAAGGCAAAGAAAAAGAAACGGAAGUACCGGCAGUGACUGAAGAGUCUGAAUUGGAUAUAAUUGCAAAUUAUAAGAAAGAAAAUUUGAUUGAUAAAGUAAUAAAGUUAAAGCACAUUAAUGAUGAAAUGAAUGAAAAAGAAGAAAUAUUAAAAUGCGCUGAUGAGCCCUCUAAGUCUGAUUUUGUACAUCUUGGUUCACAAGAAGGCCAAAAUAUGCUUCAAAAAAUUACGAGAUACUGUAACACUGUCAAAGGAUUCAUAAAACUAGUAAAUGAUGAGAUUGAGAUGAGAGAGAAGUUGUUGAAGGAAUUGAACAGAACUAAUAUAUUUUAUACAUCCCAAUAUGAAGAUGUAAAGAAAGUUGCCCAUGCUUACAAAAUCUAUGGGAAAAAAAUAAAAAAGGUUGCUAAGCAACUUUCGGACAAAAGAGAAACUCUUUCACCUGCCAUUGCGACUACUUAUUUCUCAGACAAUGAUAUAAGCUCUCCUAAGUCACCUGAUGAUGCUUUCUCGCCUUCAGAAGAUUUUUCUUAUAUGUCUGCAAGUCCUUCUUCAACACUUUCUGAUUCAGUAAAAGAACCAAGUCAUCAGUAUCCAAUUAGUGACAGCCAUGAUGUGUCAAAAACUUCUCCAUUCAAAAAAAGUUCCAGGAAUAUUAAUCAGAAAUCAAAAAUAUUCCAAAUUUUUACCGAAGGGCAAGAACCUAAAUCAGAGGUUGUAUCUGAAACAUAUAAUACGACACCAGAAAAAUCUGAAAGCAUCAAAGUCAGUCCUGGCAACUGUCACCAACAAUCUGAUUCUAAAAAAGUGGCCCAGGAGGAAAUUGAAAACUAUGCUUCUGAAAUUUUAUCUGCAGGGGCAGAUAGUUCAACACCAACUGCAAGUACUGGUAAAAAUAAUUUGGAAGAUGUUGAUCAAUGGCUUGAAAAUUCUUUCAAAAGGGGAAAUAUGAAGCGAAAAAUUGAAUUAUUGUUGAAAACUAAGAAUAAAAAAUCAUGUCCAGAUCCAAAUCAACAGGAUGUUUCAAAAGAUGCUGGGGAAGAUCUUGGAAUUAAGCCAGAUGCAAUCAAGUCAGCAAAAAAAGAAAUAAAUACUGAUAUAAAUGAUCAAACUUUAAAAAAGAAGAUACAAGGUAAACCUUUAAGAUUAUGUCACAGUGUGGAAAAUAACCAACCAGUGGAAGAGUCAAGAGCCUCUGAUCCUGCAACAGAAAUUAGUUUAUUUGAUCAGGGAAUUAAUGCCUUGGCAAAUAGUGGUAAUGCUGAGAAACUUGUCGUUGCAAAAUCAAGUAGAUCAGAAAGUUUGCUUGAUCAGAGAAUUAAUGCCUUGACAAGGAGUAGUGAUACUGUGCAACAGAGAGAGGCAGAAUCUAAUAGAGGAAUGAGUUUACUUGAUCAGAGAAUUCAUGCAAUGACAACAAAGAAUAGUAAUACUCUGCAACUGGGUGGCACAGAAUCCAAUAGAGGAAUUAAUUUACUAGAUCAGAAAAUUGAUGAUGUGGCAAAUAGUAGUUAUGUUGUGCCACAUACAGGUUCCGAAUCUAAUAGAGGGAUAAGUUUGCUUGAUCAGAGAAUUGAUGCAAUGACAAGAAGUAGUGAUACUAUGCAACAUAGAGAUUCAGACUCAGAUAGAGGGAUGAGUUUACUUGAUCAGAGAAUCAAUGCAAUGACAAGGAGUAGUGAUACAAUGCAACAGGGAGAUUCAGACUAUGAUAGAGGGAAGAGUUUACUUGAUCAAAGAAUCAAUGCAAUGACACGGAAUAGUGAUACUAUGCAACAUAAAGAUUCAGACUCAGAUAAAGGGAUGAGUUUACUUGAUCAAAGAAUCAAUGCAAUGACAAAGAGUAGUGAUACUAUGCAACAUGAAGAUUCAGACUCUGAUAGAGGAAUGAGUUUACUUGACCAGAGAAUCAAUGCAAUGACAAGAAGUAGCAAUACUGUGCAACAGGGAGAUUCGGCAUCUAAUAGAGGUGUAAGUUUACUUGAUCAGAGAAUCAAUGCAAUGACAAGGAGUAGUGAUACUAUGCAACAGGGAGAUUCAGAAUCAAAUAGAGGGAUCAGUUUACUUGACCAGAGAAUCAAUGCAAUGACAAAAAGUAGUGAUACUAUGCAACAUGAAGAUUCAGACUCUGAUAGAGGGAUGAGUUUACUUGACCAGAGAAUCAAUGCCUUGAUGGCAAGGAAUAGUGAUCUUGAACAAAAGAAAAAUAUUGAAUCUAAUGAAGAAGAGAGUUUACUUGAUCAGAGAAUGAAUGCAUUGACCACAAAGAAUAAUGAUAGUGAGCAAUCGAGUAAUAUUACAUCUGUGGACUCUAGUAAAACCUCAAGUUCAUUAGAUCAAAGAAUUGAUUGCUUAGUUAAAAAUAUUAACAUCAACCUUCUAGGUACAAAAAAUAUUGCUAGUCUUGUAAAUCAAAAUAAAAAGGAAGUUGCUGAGUUAAAAGACAUUAAUUCAAUGGAAGUAGAUGAUGAUAUGGAUAAAAAGCAAGUAGUUAAAAAUCUUUCUGUGAACAAAAGCUUGGAUAGCUCUCUAAAUGAUGUCUCAGCCGAACUGUUGAAAAAUGGCCAAACUAAUGAUGAAUCAGCAGAAAAGGUACAGUUAUCUGUAGAGAGUGACACAGAGGAUACCUUUUUCUCGUCUUUGUGCAACUCCACUAGUUCUGAUAACAAAAAUUUAAUACCUGGUUUAGAAAUGCAUGAAGAAUUUGAAAUAAAAAAAGAAUCUGUAAAUCAAAAUGAAGAUGAAAAAAUGCAAUCAUUGGAAAAUCCAAAGAAUGCUGACAAAGAGAUUUUGGAAGUAAACAAUUUAAAGAUUGAGGAAGAAGUAACUGUUAAAAUAGAAAUGCCUGAAAGCAUGCUUUCAACAGAAAAUAUUUGCAAUAAUCUACAAGAUGCCGUUUUAUCUAGCCAAAAUAAAUCCUUUGAAGAUCUUAAGCAAAAAAGUGAUUCUACAUCAGCUGCUGGUAGUAGUGUAGAAACAAUUGCUGUAGUACAAGAUGUGUGUGAUAGCUCUGUAAAUAUAAAUUGUAAAGAUCAAAAAAUUGCCACUUCCACUGUUUCAGGACUACAAAAUAGAACUGAUAAGAAGCCUAAAAAUAUGCUUGAAACUGUAUGUUGCAUUUUGGAGUGUCUCUCAAAAAAUAAAACCAAUUCUAAUCUUGGAAAACCUUGUGAGAGUUACAAAAAUGAAUUAAAAUCUGACUUGUCUUUUGAAAAUUGUUUGAAAAUAUAUAGGGUUUUACAGAAUAAAAAUUUAACUUCUAGUUUAAAUAGUAAUAAUGACAAUAGAAGUUAUAAGGAUUCUUCUAAUAUCAAUAGUUAUUCCACUGUUUUGGGAACUCAGAAUGGUGCUAGUGACUUUUGUAUGACUACAAAUGCUUUGCACGGACCCAUUCUAUCGACUUUUGACUCUAGUAAUGUUUCAAAUAGUGACAGCUCUAUUAAUAUCAAAGAUAUUUCUCUAGAUUCAAGUAAUGUAAAAGAUAAUUUUGAAGUUGCUGAUAUGGAUUGUGAUUCAGAGUAGAUGUAAAUACUUUCUUGACAGUUCACAUCAAAUUAACCAAGAAUUUUUUUCAAUGUUAAUAAUUUAGAUUCUAAUGAUUUUUAGCAGGUUUAUUAAAUAUUUGGCAAAAUUAGGUAAUUCUGACACUGGUGAGUGAUCCGUUGCUGAAAUUUUUACAGUGAUCACUUUUUAAAAAAAAUGAAAGUUUUAAACAAUUUAUUGAGUGUUGAUAUUUGUGUGUUUCUCAAAUUAUGAUGAUCAUUACAAGGUUAGUUUCUAAAAUAAAGAAUUUUAAGCAACAUACAUGAAAUCAAAUAAUAUUAUAAAAUAUUUAGUAAUUCCAUAUUAAAAAAAAAUAAUUAUAAUAAAAUGCAUAUAGGGUGAAAUUUUGAUGAAAAAAGUGGCAACUGGCAAACAAUUUUUUUGAGUGCCAUUUGUUAUAUUUAGUCGCCCUGGGGGCCCAAGGCGACCAUUAAUUUUGCCCUAUUGUUAAGGCUGCUUCAGAAUUUUUAAACCAUUUCUUUCCAAGUUAUAAAUUUUUUUAAACUAUUAAUUUGAAAACUAUUUAAGCUAUAUCGAGCUGAUUUUUUUGUCAUUUUUUUCAACAGUAAUUUAUAAAAUAAAUUUUUUUUUUAAAAAAACUCAUGUUUUUAUUUUUUUUAAGAAAUUAAAAUUUUUAAUUAAAGGAUUUUUAAAAAUAAAAUUUUUAAAAAAAAAAUUAUUUUUAUAUGAAAUGUUUAGGCUGUUACCAUGCUUUAUAUAUCAUAAAAUGAUAUAAAAAAUUUGAAUAAAGUGACCCAAAGUUUCGUUAUCUUAGUUAAAUAGUUCUUAAGUUACAGUUGUUUAAAUAAUAAAAUGCAAACAUUUUUUAAAUGUUCAAUUAUAUAUUUCAGAAAUAAAUCUUUCAACUAUAAGAAUAAAGCUAGAUAUUUUUUUAAUCCAAUUUAAUUGUUCUACUCAUGAGAAAUUAAACAAAAUGCAAAGACCUGAAAUUUUAACCAUCGAUCGAUUUUUUUCUGGAAUUAUCAGUUACUUACAAAUUGUCUGUUUAUUUCAAUCAUGGUUCUAUUCAAACCACUGUAGGUAAGUUCUGAAACUAACUUACAACAGGAUUAAAGUUCAAAUUUUAUUGGUCAUCACGAAGUGUAUAAUUUUAUGACGUAUUUUGAUUUUUUGCUGCAUCAUCAAAUGCAUACAAAUCGACUAAUUUUUUUCAGUAUGCUCCUAUUUAUGCCAUUGAACAUAUGGAUAAGCUAACUAGCAGGAUUAAAGUUCAUAAUUUUAGCACAUUAAUGAGUUAGAUAGCUUAUUUUCAACUAGUUCUAUAAAGCAAUACUUUUCGAUCAGACACUAUAUUAAAUUGUUGCAAUUUUGUAUAUACUAUUAUAUAUAAAUAUACUAUUAGAAGUAAAAUCUUGUAACAAGAAAAUCUUGAAUUUGCUAAUAUAGCUUGUGAUUCAGUAUAAACAAUUAUUGUAAAUAUGUAUUUUUAGAGCUUCUUAUGUUUGUAUAUAUAAAUUUGCUGUUUUUAUUUCCAUUCAUCAACUUAUUUAUUGUAAUAAGAAAUAUUACUGUAAUAUAUUGGUAUGAUUAAAAUUCAUCAGAACUUAGUUUUAAGUUUAUUAAUUUCUAAAAUAGUUUACUUUUCCAGAUAAUAUUAUUGCACAAUUUAAGAGCUUUGUAGGAUAUGUUAAGAAGUGUUUUAAAAAUGCAUUAAAAACAUGUUAUGGUUGUAGGUACAGAAUAGGGCUUGGCAAUAUUUAAUUUUCAAUAUUAAAAUAAAUUGUCAGAAAAUAUAUAUAUUUCAUGCUAUAUCUUAAUAUCUUUUCCUUGUUUUACAAUGGUUAAUAUUUUUGUUACUAAAAUGAAAUUCAAUACUCAUUGUAUUCGAUGAGUAUUGAAUUUCAUGACGUUCUAAUUAUCUAUGAUCCAAACAUUAUUUUAUUUGAUAUUUAUAACUGUCCAUAAUUAUAAAAUAUUUGGUAUUUGUCGUACGAGAUGAUAAACAUGAUACAUUAGGAGGAUACUUUUAAAAAUAUCCUUUCCACAGUAUUUAAAAAACAUUGAUGUUACGCAAUAUACUGCUUAGAUCUCGAACAGAACAUUUAUUUGUCCUGCGAAUCCAUAAAAUAAAGCAUUUCCUAAUCAAAAA